AUGGCUACCCUCGCCCAGUCAUUCUCUGCAGACAGUACCAACGUCGCCGUUCUUAUUCCUCACAAGCCCGACGUCCUCGCGGUAUCUUACCAGCAACUACAUUCCCAUAUUGGUGCCUUCCAGGAGAAAUUGGCUAGAUUGGGUAUUAAACAUGGCGAUGCUGUCUCAAUCGCUCUACCGAACUCCUAUGAGUUUAUCGUUUCCUUUCUAGCGGCGUCUUGGCAACGGGGUAUCGCGGCCCCUUUGAACCCGGCUUAUAAGCAGGACGAGUUCGAGUUCUACAUUGAUGAUCUCAAAUCAGCCGUGGCUCUUGUGCCGAAAGGUUCAUUCGAGCAGAAUGGACCCGCUGUAAGAGCUGCGAGGAAGUACAAUGCCGCGAUUGCGGAGUGUUACUGGGAUGGAAGAGAAGUGGUUCUGGAUGUCAAGGAGCUUGGGAAGCUGCAGGGAAGAGAAUAUCAAAGGCUCGAGCAAGCUCAGCCUGAAGAUACUGCCCUUGUUCUGCAUACUAGUGGAACGACUGGUAGACCCAAAGCCGUUCCCCUCUCACACCGGAAUUUAACCACAACAAUGAGGAACAUCCAGGAUACCUACAAGUUGGGCCCCGAGGAUCGUACCUACCUCGUGAUGCCUUUGUUCCAUGUUCAUGGACUUCUGGCUGCCUUCCUUGCGCCCCUCUCCUCUGGAGGAUCCGUGAUUGUCCCGCCCAAGUUCUCUGCGUCUCAGUUUUGGACGGAUUUCAUCGCCCACAAGGCCAAUUGGUACACAGCCGUGCCGACCAUCCAUCAAAUUCUUCUUAAAUCCCCCUUGCCCAACCCUAUCCCUAAGAUCCGCUUUAUCCGAUCGUGUUCGUCGCCACUGUCUCCGAAGACUUUCCAAGACCUGGAGACGACGUUCAAUGCCCCGGUCCUUGAAGCUUAUGCUAUGACGGAAGCGGCUCACCAGAUGACCAGCAAUCCCCUCCCACCGGGCAAACGCCAGCCUGGUAGCGUAGGCCUCGGACAGGGUGUCGAGGUGAAGAUUCUCGACCAGGACGGCAACGAAGUACCUCAGGGCCAGGAAGCGGAGAUCUGUGUGCGUGGUCAGAACGUGACCAAGGGCUACCUGAACAACCCGUCCGCAAAUGCAUCGUCAUUUACCAAGGACGGCUUCUUCCGCACCGGGGACCAGGGCAAAAAGGACCCGGAUGGAUAUGUCAUCAUCACCGGACGCAUCAAGGAGCUCAUCAACAAGGGCGGGGAAAAGAUCAGUCCGAUCGAGCUGGAUAACACUCUGCUACACCAUCCCAAGGUUGGCGAGGCCGUCUGCUUCGCCAUCCCCGACCCAGGUCAUUACGGGGAGGAUAUCGGAGCGGCCGUCGUGCCGAAGCCGAACGAGAAAGUUUCCGAGGCAGAAAUCAAGGCCUUUGUUGCAGAAAAGUUGGCCAAGUUCAAGAUUCCAAAGAAGGUGUGGAUUGUGUCCCAAAUCCCCAAGACCGCCACCGGUAAAAUUCAGCGACGAAAGGUCUCAGAGGCUAUGCUCAAGAAAGACGAGCCAAGAGCGAAGCUGUGA